CAAGCCGGAUCAACAUUUGUUUGCUGCCAUUGGACAUUACGUUAUACCUAAUGCCGGGAGAAAAAUAUAAAAGAAUUUGUCACGAAUCAUCAGGCAUCAGUCGCUCAUCAGUAGCCAACGAAGUAAACUAAAAAAACACAAAAAUCUAAUCAUGAAAUUCGCCGUAGUCCUCGCUUUCGCCCUGGUGGCCUGCGCCGCGGCCGCGCCCGCCGCCCCCGCCGACAAGGAGCCCGUGAAGAUCCUCCGCUCCAACUUCGAGGCUCAGCCCGACGGUGCCUACGUCUACGGUUUCGAGUCAGAAGACGGCAUCACCCGCGAAGAGACCGGUGAGCUGAAGGAGGCUCUCGACGAGGACAACAAGCCGCACACCGUGGUCGUGGUCCGCGGGUCCUACACCUACCUUGACAGCGAGGGGCAGCCCCAGACCAUCACCUACUACGCUGAUGAGACCGGAUUCCACGCCGAAGGAGCCGCCAUCCCCAAGGCCCCCGUCGCCAGGCGGUGAAGCAAGAACACCACGCUUAGAGACGGACGGUUUUUUGAUCCGUAGUUAAGUCGACCAUCUGUCAUUGACAAGUGACUUGAUUGACUACGGAUGAAAACACCGGUACCUACUAUACUAGAGUUUACUACAACUAGACUAUAGUUAAUGUUCAAGCGCCUAGUCAAACGGACUUUUGAUUGCUCGUGAUUCAAAUGCUCACUGCCAUAUUUUUUACUUUUAUAAGUUGUUAUGUUAAUACGUUGUACGUAUUGUAAAUAAACUUUAGAUUGAAGAUA